AUGGGACCUAGUAAUUGCGUUAACGAAAAGAAAUUUAUUAUUCGCGCGAUAUUUAAUAACGAUUGUUAUCCAUUGUUGAAAUUUUUUAUAAUUAGUACUACUGGUUCCGACCAAGGUGGGUAUACUAUACCAUCAUCAAUGGCAACAACUAAAACAACAAAUAUUCAAAAUUUAUCACUAGAUACAUUGACUUUCGAUGAUUUAAUUAAGCUACUGCCUGCUAUGCAAAAUGUUAAAUCAUUUCGUAUUGACUACAAAUUAUGUUAUGACGAUAGAUCUAAUAUACAACAUGAGUCAAUGAUAAUUUACAAGCCAUUGGUAACUCAUUGCAUCUCUUUAUAUAUGAAAUUGAUACGAUUUUAA